UUGUCCUGCUGGACUCCAAGGAAUCGCAGGCGGAGCUGGGCUGGACCUCACACCCAUCGAACGGGUGGGAAGAGAUCAGCGGCGUGGAUGAGACCUACAAGCCCAUCCGCACGUACCAGGUGUGCAACGUGAUGGAGCCCAACCAGAACAACUGGCUGCAGACGGGCUGGAUCGCCCGGCGUGACGGCCAGAGGAUCUUCAUCGAGCUCAAGUUCACCCUGAGGGACUGCAACAGCAUCCCUGGCGUGACGAGCACCUGCAAGGAGACUUUCAACCUGUACUACGUGGAAUCUGACUCCGACCUGGGCUGGAGUGUCCAUGAGGGCAAGCACACCAAGAUCGACACCAUCGCUGCCGACGAGAGCUUCACGCAGGGAGACCUGGGCGAGCGCAAGAUGAAGCUCAACACUGAGCUCAGGGAGAUUGGGCACCUGAGCAAGAGAGGCUUCCACCUGGGCUUCCAGGACGUGGGGGCCUGCGUGGCGCUGGUCUCCGUGCGGGUCUACUACAAGAAGUGUCUGAGCACGGUGCAGAACUUGGCUCUGUUCCCCGACACGGUGGCAGAGACGGCCUUUGUGACGCUGGUGGAGGUGCAGGGCACGUGUGUGGCCCAUGCUGAAGUGGAUGUGGAUAACCCCCCUCGGAUGCACUGCAGCGCAGAGGGCGAGUGGCUGGUGCCCAUAGGGAAAUGCAUGUGCAGCCCUGGCUUCGAGGAGAAGGACGGGACAUGCAGAGCUUGCCUUCCAGGGUUUUACAAGCUCUCCCUCCGUCUCCCUCUGUGUUCUCCAUGCCCUGAGCACAGCUUCACACAUGAGGAAGCCUCCACCUUCUGUUUGUGCCAGACAAAUUACUCCAGGUCUCCUUCAGACCCACCAUCUGCCUCCUGCACACGCCCCCCCUCAGCCCCCAGGAACCUGGUGUACAGCCUGCGCCAGUCCUCCCUGGUGCUGCACUGGAGCGCCCCGGCCGACGCGGGCGGCCGCAGCGACCUCACCUACAGCCUGUGGUGUGCCCGCUGCCCCACGGGGCCGCCAGGGCACUGCCAGCAGUGUGGCACCAGCGUGGGCUUCGUGCCGCAGCAGACGGGGCUGGUGGAGCGCACGGCCACCCUGCUGAACCUGCUGCCCCACGUCACCUACACCAUCCGAGUGCUGGCGCUAAACGGCGUCUCGGCCGUCAGCCCGCUGGGAGGCCAGCAGUAUGCUGAGGUCAACGUGUCCACGGGGCACACAGUGCCAACUCCUGUCACUGACAUCCGCACAGACAGAGUGGAGCAGAAGAGUGUCACCCUGUCCUGGCAGGAGCCAGGCUUGCUCACUGCCAAUGGCACCGAGUACGAGGUCAAGUACUUUGAGAAGGAUCAGAGAGAUCAAAGUUACUCAACUGUGAAAACCACAUCAACGGCCGUGACAGUCAAUAACCUGAAGCCUGGUACCCUCUACAUUUUCCAAAUCAGAACAUCUUCCUCUCCAGACUACAACCCUGGCAUUGAAGUGGAGACACUGGCAGAGUUGACAGUGGCCUCCAGUGAGCAGAGCCCCGUCCUCAUCAUCGCCGUGGUGGCCAUCGUGGGGCUGACAGUGCUGCUGUCCCUGGUGCUUGGUGUGAUGGUCUGGAGGAGGCAGUGUGGGUACAGCAAGGCCAGCCAGGAUGGGGAUGAGGAGCUGUACUUCCACUUUAAAAUACCAACCAGGAGGACGUACAUCGACCCCAGCACCUGCGAGGACCCCAUGCAGGCUGUGCACCUCUUUGCCAAGGAGCUGGACAAUGCCAGCAUCAAAAUUGAGAGGAUUAUCAGGACAGGGGAGUUUGGGGAGGUGUGCCGGGGGUGUCUGAAGCUGCCCAGCAAGCGCGAGCUGCCCGUGGCCAUCCGCACGCUGAGGGCCGGCUGCUCCGAGAAACAACAGCGCUCCUUCCUGGCUCAGGCCUGCACCAUGGGCCAGUUCGACCACUCCAACAUCAUCCGCCUCGAGGGGGUCAUCACCAGAGGGAGCACCAUGAUGAUAGUGAUGGAGUACAUGGGGAAUGGCCUGCUGGACUCCUUCCUCAGGAAACACGAGGGGCAGCUGACGGGCACGCAGCUCAUCUGCAUGCUGCAGGGCAUUGCCUCUGGCAUGGCAUACCUGGCAGAGAUGGGCUAUGUGCACAAGAGCCUGGCUGCCCACAAGGUCCUCGUCAGCAGUAGCCUGGCAUGCAAGAUCACAGGGUUCAGACAGCCUCAGGAAGACAAGAUGGAAACCAUCUUCUCCACCAUGCGUGGGAAGAGCCUGGUGCUGUGGUCAGCCCCUGAGGCCAUCCAGUAUCAGCACUUCAGUCCUGCCAGCGACGUGUGGAGCUUCGGGAUCGUCAUGUGGGAAGUGAUGUCCUACGGGGAGAGACCCUACUGGGACAUGUCCCACCAGGAUGUGAUGAAGGCUGUGGAGGAUGGGUUCCGCCUGCCAGCCCCUGCCAACUGCCAGCCUCCCCUGCACCAGCUGAUGCUCAACUGCUGGCAGAAGGACCGCAGCCAGAGGCCCAAGUUCUCGCAGAUCCACAAUGCCUUGAGCAAGCUGGUGCAGAGCCUGGAGCCCCCAGAGUGUCCCAGCUCCACAUGCCCCAGGUCCCAUGGCACCUCCAUCCCCCUCUCCAAGAGAACCUUCUCAGCCUUCCCCUCGUUCAGCUCCGUGGGGGAAUGGCUGGAAGCUAUAGAAAUGGGCAGAUACAAGGACAACUUCACUGCUGCAGGCUACUGCUACCUGGAGUCGGUGGCCAGGAUGACAGCCCAAGACAUCCUGAGCCUGGGCAUCACUCUGGCAGAGCACCAGAAGACCAUCCUGAGUGGGAUCCAGAGCCUGCGGGCCCAGGUGAUCCGGAUGCACGGCCGGGGCGUGCAGGUGUGAGCCCGUGUGUGCAGAGGGGCAGAGCAGCCCCUGCUCCUGGGGAGGAGAGACCUGCUGGGCCAGCCAGCCCCACCUCUGAAUCCUGGGCGUCUCAGGUGGGCUGUGGGAACCGCUGGUGCUGCCAAACAUGUGGUGGGAGAGCAGGGCUUCUGUCCCCCGUGCCAGCCCAGCAUCCCCAGGGUGGUGCCUGGGGGGACGUGGCUCUCCCCAGGGCUGUUUGUAAGAUGAGUCAAACUGUAGUGAUGCCAUUUCAUGUGGUAGUUGAGUUCACAGGGUGGGAUGGACCUUUUUGCACUGUCUUAAUCCAGAGCCAACACUUCUGUAUCUAGUAUCCUGCUGGUGAAUCCAUGGGGACUUUUAUACAGCCUGACAGAUCACAGC